AUGGCUGCUAAUCGAUGUAAAUGGUGUUCCGGUUGUCAGUUGCCAUCCAGAUUGCCUGAAUUUGUGUCUAGAGGUAAAUCAUGGUUGUACGACAGCGAAGCAUCAGUGUUGAAAACUGACGUCAUGGUAUCCAUGUCCGCAUUCUACGUCAAAUUGGACAGUAAUUAUCUGCUUUCACUAUCUGUCGAUGUGUGUUGUAUCUCUGGAACACGCAUACAAGAUCGCACUUUAUUCAUGCAUCUCAAACCGAGUAAGACGAUCUCAGAUAUUCUGCAUUUCACUCUUCGGGUACCCCGUGGUCUUGGCGCAAUGGCUCAUGGUAUCUUCGGAUUGCAUUCAACAGCAACGAUGAAGGUGCCCCACUGGACUGAAUCUCAGUAA